UCUGAAACAGAAAAUGAACACCCGCAUGUGGAUCCACCCCCAUAUUGUUGUGCAAAGCUCAAUUCACUGGAAAGAUACCUUCCACAAUCUGUAAAUUAAUUUAUACGUCGUGGAUAAUUGUGUAUUAUUGUGGACCCAGGUGCUAAAAUCCAAAAAGACAUGACUUUUACAGACUCACCAACCUACAAACUACAGUGUAAGCUGUUCACUUCUCGUGUACCCAUGAUUCAUCCACUGGUGGGGAACUGCUUAUAGCAAGUAGCCUAAUAAGAAAUCAAUAUCAUUUAAGUGUGAGACUGUGCUGACCAUGGUACAGAGCAGGGAUAUUUAAAUGAGCUCACUGGCGAUGAAUCUGACUUGAAAUUGCGACAAAUGAACUUCCGCGCUACAAUUUCAUGAAAGCCAACAUGAACCUUAAUAAUGGUUAUUGGCAUUUUCAAGUUGCAAGACUUUUCUUGCAUCGAAAUGGUACAGUAUAAGUUUUACUUGAAGUGCUGCAUGGUUUUUCUGUUGUUUAAAAAUACUGCCAACUUCCUCAUUCACAUCACAUUUAAAAGAGUCAAACAUCACAUCCUGUUGUCAUUCUGACUUCAGUCCUCAAACAUGCCAUCACGUCUCUCCUUUCUUCUCCUGCUCGUCGUCAUUCUGCUGGAAAGUCGCUGUGGACAUGCUGAAGCUCAAGGUAAACUGCCAAAGGCAGAGUUACAUUUGAGUGCUGCAGUAAUGUCCAUAGAGGAAUCAGUGAUACUGAAGUGCAGCAGACCGGACUCUUCCCUUGCAUCCCACUGCACUUUCACCAUUAAUCAGAGAGGACCAAUCAGUGGCUCAGACUGUGAGCGCUCAGUCACUGGAGCUGAGCUGCUCAGUGGGAGUCACAGCGCAAGGAAUGAGAUCACCAUGAGAUGUUUCUACAGUCUGGAGGAAGGAGCGAAACCUGCUCGUCAUAGUGACCCCUCCACAGUGACUGUGCUGGAUCUGAGGAAGCCCAAUAUCUCAGUCUCCACAGAACACACUGAGACACACAUUCGCUGUGAAGCACCACCUGACAUCACUGGAGCUAUUUUCUUCCUGUACUACAAAAGGAGUAACACAGAUACGAACAGCACCCAGGCUGGAACAGAAGAGCGAGCUGUCAGUUUCACACUCCCCCGCAGCUCUGACUCCACUCUGACGUACUGCUGUAGUUAUCAGUUUAAGGGCAUCAACUCUAAAUGGAGUGACUGUGCUGAAGCUAAGAACAAGGACCAGAGUAAAAGUAUUGUACUCUUUUUUUAUCUAUGCAGUUUAUAAAUAAUGCUUGCACAUUGAAUUCUCAACUUAUAAAACAAGUGUUUAUUGUAUUUUGCUCCUCAGUCAUUAUAAUUGUAUGUUUUGCACUGACUUUGACAUAAGAUUCAUUUUUUGUACAAAAGUCCUUUGUUUCAUUUUCUGUUAUAUGCUUGGAAGCCCACAUCACUCACUCUUUCCCAUAAAUGAGGUGAAAACUACAUGGCAGGUUUGGCAUUUUAUGGAAUGAGUAAGGUUGUUGGCCCCGUUUCCAUAUUACCUGACUCCUCCCACCCUAUUAACCCUGCAGCAUGGUUUCUAGCUUGUGGAGUCCUGACAUUAUCAUUGGCUGCCAGUGUACAGAGAGCUGGGGCCAAUAUCAAUGUAUGACAAUGAGGUUCCAUUUUGAAAAACUGGCAAAAGUUUGAAAAACAGAGAUGCAUUAUGUGUUGUGCGUGUUAGGAAUAAAGGCUAAUCUCUAAAGUUUUUUCUGAAAAAUUUGUGGAUCCAAAGCAAUAAUUGUCAUUUUUCACUUUGUAUUUAUAUGAUUUACUUGUUGAACUGUGUUAGACCAGGUAUUGGCUGUGAGGGGUUCUUUUGUCUCAAUGAAGCACUGUGGUUGUUCUCACGUCUGCAUCUGCUGCUACUUCUAACCCUUCAAAAAAUAUCUUUCCAACACAAAAUUGCUUUCUAAUACGAAGUUCCUGU